GGGAACUAAUGGGUUCAUAGAUUAGAAGUUCCCGAUUCGAUAAUUUGUGAUUACUGGUUGAAAUUUGUUAACUUGAGCAUUAAACCUAAUGGCGGAAGUUCGUCCUCCCUAGAUAGCAAUUUUAUAGGGUGCGAUUGUGCGAGAAUGUUUACAAGUAUGGGUAACUCUCUGAUUCUUGAUAGAUUGACUCGGUGGUUUUUGGGGGAUGGUGUUUAUUUUUGGUUGAUAGAUGGCACUUCAAGAGAAACUUGAGAAGUUCAAGAAGCAGCAAGAAAAUAUGCACUCGAUGCUAAGCAGCAUUACGCAGAAACCAGGGUCCUCUAAACCACUAUCAACUUCGAAGUCUGUGCCUUAUUCAGCUACACAGCUAGCAGGUGCUAAGGCUCCGGCUCAGCCUGUCAAGUUCUCGAAUGAUACGGAGAGACUUCAGAUUAUCAAUAGCAUUCGAAAGGGGCCUGUGGGAUCUCAGAUCAAGCGUGUUAUAGAGCUUUUGAAAGAUACAAGGCAAGCCUUCACUUCGGAUCAAAUAAAUGAAGCCACAUAUGUGGAUGUGAAAUCCAAUAAAGCUGUCUUUGAGAGUUUGACGAACAAUCUGAAAGUGAACUAUGAUGGGAGGCACUUCUCCUACAAGGCCAAGCAUGACUUGAAGGACAAGAAUCAACUACUGCACUUGAUACGGAAAUUUCCAGAGGGAAUUGCUGUCAUUGAUCUCAAGGAUGCAUACCCUACUGUGAUGGACGACCUACAGGCUCUGAAAGCUGAAGGAAAGAUCUGGCUACUAUCGAACUUUGACUCCCAGGAGGACAUCGCCUAUCCUAAUGAUCCUAGGGUAGUGAUUAAGGUUGAUGACGACCUUAAACAACUCUUUAGAGGGAUUGAAUUGCCUCGUGACAUGCUCGACAUUGAGAAGGAUCUUCAGAAGAAUGGGAUGAAGCCUGCAACCAACACUGCAAAGAGACGAGCCGCAGCUGAGUUUCAAGGCAUUUCUAGCAAGCCAAAGAUCAAGAAGAAGAAGCAUGAGAUCAGCAAGAGGACUAAGCUCACUAAUGCUCAUCUUCCCCAUCUUUUCCUGGGAAAACCAGAAAGUGAAAACCCUAAUGCUGGCCAAUCCUAGUCUGUAAAUUGCAGAAUCUCUGCUGAAUGAUCCUAGAUAUAUGUGCGUGUUUGGACAUAGCUGGUUCUGCAUGAAAAUAAGACAACCGCCACCCUUGUGGAUCGUUAGUGUUUGAUAUAAAAAGUUUCUGUGUGUAGUUACUGUGUUUAGCAGAAAUAGAAAAUCGAUUGUAGACUUCUGAUUCCCUAGUUACUAACUUAAGACUAUCCAUAAUUUCACACCUAUGUAGUGGUUCGUUGAAUGUAUGUAUGUAUUCAGAAGGGUGUGAGUGACCAACCUAAUCCCAGUUAAUUGAGAUUUUCUUUAAUCCAUCUUAGCUAUUAU